GACGGAGCAAGAACUGAGCUACUCGACUGCACACGUUAUUGGACUCCUUCAUAACGUACAUAAUGAUCGAGCCUACUGCGACCAUAUCACCCCUCGGUCGCUCAGAUGGCUCCGCCAUCUACACUUGUCCGUCCACUGGUUUUCAGAUUCUGGGGUCUGUCAACGGGCCAAUCGAACUGCCUGCUCGUCGAGACGCCCAAAAACCCGAAGAGGCCACGAUCGAGGUCCUGGUGAAGCCUGCAACCGCCCAAAGUGCAAUCGGAGAGAGAUACGUGGAGAAUAUAUUGAAGUCUCUCCUGGGUAAAGUCAUUCUUGGAAGAGAAAAGGGUUUUGCAAGGCGGGGUAUUGUGGUUACUCUGCUGAUCCAAGGGAGCUCGAGUGAUGGAAAAAUAAAUAGAGGGGACUCUUACUUGCCUGCUCUACCUGCUCUUCUUCACGCGGCACUUCUUGCUCUGCUAUCUGCCGCCAUACCAUUGUCAAUGACCUAUACAUCCGCAAUCGUUGCCGUCAGCUCCUCGAAUCAAAUCAUCCGCGAGCCUUCUCUAGACGAUUGCGCAAAAGCCAAGUCGCUCCAUGUCCUCGCAUUUUCAUCAAAGGGCCACUUGCUCCUGACUGAAAGUCAGGGAUCCUUCGAUUUUGAUACUUGGGACCGGGUCUAUGAGCAGGCACUUUCAAUUUGUCGAGACUCGAAAGUCACAAGCCAGGAUGGUGAUAUUUCAAUGGAUGCGAAACACAAUCUAGAGAACUUCGUUAGAGAAACAGUUGAACACAAGCUUGCCUUGGAUUAUGCAUGGUCAGACACAGCGGCAUGAUAGUUUCAACAUCUUGUUGGAAUGGAUAGUUGCCGGAUUUGAAGGAUCAGCCUUCUGCCAGGGAUCACGGAGGCACUCCUGCUACGACGAUUCGAUUCGCGAGAAAACCAAUUGAGCAUCCUGCUUGUGGUGGCGCAUGUGGCAUUCGCUACCUGUCUUGAGACUACUGCUGAGGCUUGCGUGUGACACCGGCCUUCAGGGGCGUCGGCCCGAAUCUUGUAAACGGGUCCGGACUAGGUUUCGCGGCGACCCUUUCCAGUCUUAUCCAGAGCUUGGUGGGGAGCAUCCGGCUGCACAAUUUAUGGGAUACUACUAGCAUGUUUGACAGGUGGCACAUUGUUAAACACGUGUGAUGUUCAGGCAAGGUCUUUGCCAAGAAAGUUCAACUCGUUAGCUUGAUAUGUGUUGCUAUCUAUAUCCAUAAAGGGUAGUCAGCUAGGGGUCUAGGAUUUUUUUAAAGGAAAAAAAGAAUAAAAAAUAAAAAAUCAAG